AUGCUCGUGUCGACAGUCGAUCGUCUACUGCGCCUUGUGGCCUCGCGGGGGGCUCGAGCUCUGGGUGCCCAGUGCACAGCGCAGCCAAUCAACAACGUCGUGGCGUUCUCAGGUGGCGUCGACUCGUCGCUCGCGGCUGCGCUGGUGCACCGCGUGUUCCCAGCGACAAGCGCUGCGUGUAUUGGAGUAUCGGCGGCUUUGUCGGAGGCGCAAUUGCAACAAGCGCGGGACGUGGCGGCCGUCAUUGGUGUCGCACUAUGGGAAUGUGGUACCAAUGAAGGUCAAGUGGAGACGUAUGUGGCCAACAAGGGCAGAAGCUGCUAUUAUUGCAAGACGACGCUGUACGCCAAGCUAGAGCAGGUGGCAGCGUUCGUGGCCAAGGAAGCGCAGCGUCGAGCGAUGGGCGGAAGCGACAAACACUGGGAGGCAUGUGCGAAGCCCGUGCUGUAUAAUGGCACGAACGCGGACGACCAACUGGACCCUACUAGAGUGGGGCUGGUCGCGGCUUCCGAGUUUAACGUGGUGAGUCCAUUGAGUGAGCUGACGAAGCAAGAAGUGAGAGACGUCGCCAAGUUUCUGGGAUUGCCAAACUGGAACGCUGCGGCGUCUCCAUGUCUGAGAUCGAGACUGCAGUUUGGAGUCCGCGCGACGCAACAACAUUUGCAUCGAGUGGAGAAAGCAGAAGAGUUUGUGCGGAAGUUGAUUCGUCUUGAGCCACAAAGGAGUAUGCGAGUGCGCUUUCUUGCGGACAACAAGGCUGCCGUGGAGCUGGACACGAAGGCGUUGACGCAGGCGAUUUCUGAGUUUGACGCCAUUGACGCUGAAUUGCGACGACUGGGCUUCAGUGCAGUUGAUUUGCGUGCGUUCCGCUCGGGCAGUUUGAGUGGUUACACCGCAGAUACUGCAAUAAAGCACAAGUCAGUAGCAUCUAGCCAAGCGCGUCAUGGUGAUUAG